AAAUAUUGUUGUAAAGAAGUGUUUAAGCGUGAUAUCAGUUAAAUUAAAUCAAUAAAGAUGCGGUUAAAUAAUAUUGGAUAUCUAGUUAUAGUCAGCUUCUUAUUAAUUAAUCGAAUUUCGAAUGGAUAUAAAAUAUUAGGUGUUUUUCCACACGGAGGAAAAAGUCAUUUUAAUAUGUUUGUACCUAUAUUAAGAGAAUUGGCUCGACGUGGGCAUGAAGUAACAGUAAUAAGCCAUUUUCCAGAAAAGCAACCCUUACCGAAUUAUACUGAUAUAUCUUUAGUGGGUGCUGGAGCCAUAGACUUAAACGGAACUCCAGUAUCAAUGAUAGAAGAAAUUGGAUACUUUCGAAACAUAAAAGAACAUAUGCUCGUGUAUGAAAGUGGAAAAAACAAUUGCGAAGGCUUAAAUUUUCCUCAAAUUCAAAGUUUUAUCAAAUCAAACAAAAAAUUUGAUAUAAUUAUUCAAGAAUAUUUUAAUAGUGACUGCUUUUUAGCGUUAAAUUAUAUUUUUAAGGCACCUAGUAUAGGAAUAACUUCUAGUCAGAUUUUACCGUGGAAUACUGAUCGUUUUGGUAUUCCAGUAAAUCCAUCAUACAUACCAGUGACUUUAUUAACUUUUUCGGAUCAUAUGACAUUUUUUGAACGAGUUAUAAAUACAGUCGGUUAUUUUGUGCAUACGUAUAUACUACCUGGAAUGUAUUCCUCCAUAGGAGAUUGUGCCGUCAGAAAAUAUAUUGGGGAUGAUUUACCGCCGCUAGAGAGUAUCGCCAAAAAUACAAGUUUGUUUUUAACAAAUGCACAUUUUUCAAUUAACAAGCCUCGACCCUUACCUCCAAAUGUCAUUGAAAUAGCUGGAGCUCAUCUUGGAAAACCUAAACCAUUGCCAACAGACAUAGAAAAAUUUAUAUCUGAUUCAAAACACGGUGUAAUUUACUUCAGUUUUGGAUCGAUGAUAUUAGGAAGUUCAUUAAGUAAUGAAGUAAGACAUGCAUUUAUAGAUGCAUUUAGUGAACUCCCGCAACGAGUAUUAUGGAAAUAUGAAAAUGAAUCAUUACCUGGAAAGACUGACAACAUUAUGAUUAGAAAUUGGAUGCCUCAAUUCGAUAUUUUGAGUCAUCCAAACGUGGUUGGAUUUAUAUCUCAUGGAGGGCUCUUGGGAACAAUUGAAGCAUUUAGUAAUGGUGUCCCAAUCGUAGCCGUACCAUUUUUCGGUGAUCAAUUUCUUAAUGCAAAAGCAUUAGAGUCACACGGAACUGCAGCAAUUUUAAAUUACUUUAAAUUAAGUAAAGAAGAAAUCAGUAAAGCGUUGAGAUUUAUUUUACAACCAAGUGUGUUGGUAAAAGCUAAACGGCAAGCGAAAGUCUUUCGUGAUCGUCCUAUGUCCCCUAUGGAUACAGCUAUAUGGUGGAUUGAGUAUGUGGCUCGGAAUGGUGGAGAUGAUAUGCGAACAGCGGUUGUUAAUAUGCCAUUUUAUCAAUCUGCUCUUUUGGACGUUGGUCUAUUUUUAUUAACUACGAUAUCAAUUUUAGUCUACAUUAUUUAUAAGUUAGCUAAUUGUAUCAUUAAUAAUUUAUUUAGCAAAAAAGUAGUUAAAGAAAAAUCAAAGAAAAAGACGAAACCUAAAAAAGAAUAAUGAGAUAAGUAAAUAAAAUAUAUGCGCCAUGUCUAUAUUUGUUAAUUUUUAAUUAACAAUUCAGUUCCCACUGGUAAAAAAUUAGUAAUUUCUGUUCAACCUAGACGAAAGCAUGUUUGUCAACCAAAAACAUGAUUUACAUAUUAAUUUUGGCAAACUCAUUUUGAAUAUUUUUUGCAGAAUUGGGAAUGUUUAUUUUUGAAUUUAUUUGACCUUUUAAUCCGACCCUUGCAGUCUCGUACUGUCUUUGUUAUAAUGUGAUUAUUGUUUUUCUUACUUUACUCAAUUCUACAUCUUAUGA